CCCAUUCCGCUCCCUCUCCUGUCAUCCACGCUCCGCCUAGGCAAAACGGAAGCGGGGGGAGGCCGGGGAGGGGAAUCAUUUGCUCGCGAUGGGCUCCCUGAAGGGCAGAACCGGCGUCCCCUCCUACGGGUGAUUUUCUGCACAGGGAGCCCUGUGGAUGGGGAGCUCCAUUGCCAGAGGCCGGCCUGGAUCUAAGGUCCCCGUCCCCGCCUCCCCCAUGGUGGCGAUUUCCCAAGUCCAGACGCUGCCAUCUGGUUCCCAGCAGAGGGCGCUCUCUUCGCUGUCGAAUGACUAUUCAGAUUCUGAGACAAGGAUCUUUGGAGUCCCAACAGAGACUAAUUUGCCCGGUGGUGCCAUUGGCCGAAAGAUUCCUGCGGAUCCUGGCAAAGGAGACGAAGGAAGGUUCUGAGUACUUAAUUGUGUGGAUCGGGCAAAUCUCUUUCAAGAUCCAUAAGAAUAAAAGUUAACAACAGCUUGCCUCACUAGUGAACAAAAUGGAGUCACUGCUAUUCAUCAAAUCAUCUCCUUGUACUAGUGGAGUUGAAAGAGUCCCUGAUUCCUCAACUCAGGAUCCUGUGUCCUUUGAGGAGGUGGCCGUUCAUUUCACCAGCGAAGAGUGGUUGCUGCUUGAUCCCAAUCAGAAAUCCCUGCAUCAAGAAGUCAUGAUGGAAAUGUCUAGAAUUGUGGCCUUUUUAGCAUUUCAUGUGCAGAAGAAUGACAAUUACCAAGAGCCAAGUGCAGUUCCAUUGGAAGUAAUCAAAAGUGAAAUACCAGAAGAGACAUCUGCAAAUAAGUGGGAAAGGAGGAAACAUGAAAAAAAACAAUCUUACCAUUGCAAAGAAAAAUCUAUUCUUGAAAGUGCAGAAAUGGAUAGCUUCCUGACCCAGCAUGAUUCCAAAGAAAACAGUACAGCAAAUUGUCGAGGAAGCAGAACAAGAUUCAAGGCAAAUUGCAACUUUAGUAACCACUGCAAAAUUGAAAAGAGCUUCAGCAGUAAUAAUGUUGUUUCACAUAAAAUUAUCCAGACAAAGGAGAAGCCCUACAAAGAUGUGGACCGUGGAAAGAGGAUUGGGUGGAAAGGUAAUCUAACUUCCAAUAAAAGGAUUCAUACAGGGGAAAAGCCCUAUAAGUGCAUGCUCUGUGAAGAACGAUUCAAUGUAAAGAGUUCCUUUACUGCUCAUAAAAGGAUUCACGCAGGAGAAAAAUCCUACAAAUACAUGGAAUGUAGAAAGAGGUUCAGGAACAGAGAGUGGCUGAAAUCCCAUAAAAUGAUCCGUCCCCAGGAAAAACCUUAUAAAUGUGUAGUCUGUGGGAAAAAAUUCAGUGUAAAGUGUUCCCUUACUUCUCAUAAAAGGAUCCAUACUGGAGAAAAACCCUUUAAAUGCCUGGAGUGUGGAAAGAGCUUCAGACAAAGUGGUGACCUUGCAUCCCAUAAAAGGAUCCAUACAGGAGAGAAACCGUAUAAAUGCCUUGAGUGUGGAAAGAGCUUCAGUAUGAAUUGUUCGCUUACUUCUCAUAAACGGAUCCAUACAGGAGAGAAACCCUUUAAGUGCAUAGAAUGUGGGAAGAGCUUUUGUCAAAGCAGUACGCUGGCUUCCCAUAAAAGGCUCCACACAGGGGAAAAACCCUAUACAUGCAUGGAGUGUGGAAAGUGCUUCAGGAACAGCAGUUAUCUGAACUCUCAUAAAAGAAUUCACACAGGAGAGAAACCCUAUAAAUGCCCGGAAUGUGGAAAGAGUUUCAGUAUAAAAAGUUAUCUUACGUCUCAUAAAAGGAUCCAUACAAACGAGAAACCAUUUAAAUGCAUAGACUGUGGGAAGGGCUUUUGUCAGAGCAGUACGCUUGCUUCCCAUAAGCGGGUUCAUACAGGAGAGAAACCCUAUGAAUGCACAGAGUGUGGAAAGAGCUUCAGGAACAGCAGUUACCUGAACUCCCAUAAAAGGAUCCACACAGGUGAGAAACCCUAUAAAUGCCUAGAAUGUGGGAAGAGCUUCAACCAAAGCAGUCAGCUUAUUUCCCAUAACAGGAUCCAUACAGGGGAAAAACCUUAUAAAUGCACAGACUGUGGAAAGACCUUUAUUGUUUGUGGCCAAUUGACUUAUCAUAAAAGGUCCCACACAGGAGAGAAACCCUAUAAAUGCCUGGAAUGUGGAAAGGGCUUCUGUUACAGCCGUUCCCUUAUUUCUCAUAAGAGGGUCCACACCGGUGAGAAAUCAUAUGUAUGUAAUGAAUGUGGAAAGUGUUUGAGUACAAGCAGCUCCCUUACUUACCACAUUAGUACGCACACACGGAAGAAAUUGUAUCAGUGCAUGGAAUGUGGGAAGAAUUUCAGGUUGAAAACUCACUUUACAUCCCAUAAGAGGAUCCACACGGAGAAGAAAUCUUAGGAAUGUAUGGAAUAGUAAUAGCACUUGGACUUGUGUAUAGUGGCAUAUAGUGCUUUAUAGCAGGGGUCACCAACCUUUCGGACCUCAGGGACCACUAAAUUCAUAAUUUUAAAUCCCACGGACCACUAAUAUGAUCUGCCUAAUGACCGGCUGAUUGGGCAUGGUUAGGUAAUCAUGUGGCUGAGUGGGUGUGGCCAACUCGAUGUCACUCAUGUUGAAGGGCAUCUCGCAAACUUCUAUCACCCCUCCCCUCCCAGCCACUCCUCGCCUCCCUGCUCGGGCUCCUUAGGGCCCCAACAGGAAGCAAUUGUUGGAGCUAAGCAGCCACCAUGAGAAAGAGUUGGCAAAACAGCUGGUUCAGUUCAAAUUGGAUCUGACAGAAGGAGGCUCAGCAGAAGCACCUCACUGAGGACUAUGAGCAUAGGCUUUCCAAGCAGAGGGAAGACCUGCAGGAGUGGAAGGCCAGGUACCGGCAUCUGGAGGCUCAGCGAGCUGAGAUGGUCAACCAGUUCCAGGCCAUGAGGCAGUCCCACUGGAACAAGGCCCUCCAGCUCUUCGCCACCAGUGGCACUUCCCUCCAGCCUUCGCCCAAAGCCCCACAACAGGAGGCUGAAGCAGACCCCAAAUUGGAAUUUCCAUCCCCCUCCGACCUGCACAAAAAGACCCCAAAGGAGGAGACUCUUUGCAGCAACACAAACAUUCAUUGAACGUAUCUGUCCCAGGGGCCGUAGUUUGAGGACCCCUGAUUUAGUGCAAUAUAAAAAAUGCAAAUAACUUUUCUGUGGACCAGCAAAAUUUUCUCAUGGACCACCAAUUGGUGACCGCUGCUUUAUAGCACUUUCUGGGUGGUUUACAGUGUUAGCAUAUUGCCCUGACAAUCUUGGUCUUGAGUAAACCUUGAGCCGAUCAGGAUUGAACUGCAGACUCUGCGCAGAGUUAGCUUGCAAUGUGGAAAGACUUUUUGUGAAAUGUGGACCCUUCUCAUGAAAGAAUCCAGAGGGGGGAAAAUAUCCAUGCAUGGUAUUUGGAAAGCAAUCAACUGAUUUCCCAUAAUACGACCCACAUCAGAGAAAUGCCUUUAGGGACCAAAGUGUCCUUAAUUUCUGUAAAAGGAUCUACUGUGACCUUUGAAAUGAUAUAAAUAUAUGGAAUGCAAAAAUAAGUUCAGUAAGGACUCUGAAAAGAGAUUGAGGUGAACAGUCUUCCUUUUUUCAGAAGAUUGCCGUAGGAGAAACUGAAUAAAUGUAAUCAUUUUGGGAAGAGCUCCCAGGAUAGAUUUCUUAAUUCCAGAAGUAUUAUUUAGUUAGGUCUGAUUCUAGAAAAUCUGUUAUUAAAUUAUCCUGCUCUUUACUCCAAAAAAUCUCAAAUCUCAAAAUCUGGUCAAACAACUUUAGGUAGAAGUAACAUGUGAAGUGAAUCUGGGAUCAGACUCCAAGUUUUGUGGAGAAAGUGGUAUAUGUAAAUUAAUCUGGGAAAACAUAUUUUAGCUCUAAUUGUAUUGAAAAUAUCAGGAUUUAAACACUUGUAUUUAAGCUAUUGGUUGCUUUUUUAAAUACAUAAUCUGAUUUGCAUAACUUGUUUAUCUGAGACAAUCUUCCAAUGAUUACAUGUACAUGGCUGCUUAGCUGACUAUUUCUCUGGUACAAAAUAUCAUCCCGCUGAAAGCAAAAGAGCAGUCAGUGAGUUUAUGAUUGCAACUGUUGCCUCUUUAAUAAUGGUUUUACUGAUCCAACAGUGUUCCUAGUGAGCAAUGUAUAUGUUGUGUCUACCGAGCCGGGCCUGCUGCCAGAAAGUGACUUGGAGCCAGGCCUUCUGCCAGAAAGUGACUUGGAAAGUGAGGGGGAAGGGCCGUCAGGACUUACCUCAGGAGCACCGGCUUCUCUGGCUCAGCUCCAGGAGCCAGAAGCAGGCCAGGUGGAAGAGAUAACGAGGCCUCCGUCCCCUGACUCUUUCCCCCCCCAGGCCAUGCCUUCAGACCCAGCUGAUGGCAAUCAGGCAUGGUUGAACCCUAGGUUUCGUAGGCAGGAGAGGAGAGAACAACAGAAGCAGGGGUGGGGCAGGCCUAGGAAGUGCUGAGUCAUGGAGCCACACCCCACAGGAUAUAAAGGCAGUGAGCACUGCUGUGUCUCUUCGUAGCCGGCAAAUCAACUGAUUAACUAAGAGCUGAAGUGACUCACCAGCGUCGAGGGAGAUAUCAGAGAACUUGGCAGACGUUCGCUAUUCUGCUGCCAGAGCUGAUAGUGCUGGCUAAUUAAGCCGUCACUUGGAUGGAGGCGAAGGAGAACAGAACAGUAUAUAUAUAUAUAUAUUAAUAUAUAUAUAUAUAUUUAGAAAUAGAAAUAUAUAUAUAUUUCUCCAGGCCCAGACAAGAUAACUCCUUCUUGCUUAAAAGUCUGUGCUGACCAAUUGGCCCCCAUCUUCACCCAUAUUUUCAAUAAAUCACUAGAGAUGUGUUAUGUUCCUUCUUGCUUCAAACGCUCUACCAUCAUCCCAGUGCCGAAGAAGCCCACCAUCAAGGAACUGAAUGACUACAGACCAGUUGCUUUAACAUCUGUAGUCAUGAAAACCUUUGAAAGGCUAGUGCUUUCCUACUUGAAAACCAUCACGGAUCCGCUGUUAGACCCCUUGCAAUUUGCAUACCGAGCAAAUAGAUCAACAGAUGAUGCUGUUAAUAUGGCUCUGCACUACAUCCUACAACAUCUUGAGUCUCCAAAGACCUAUGCAAGGGUCCUUUUUGUAGACUUUAGUUCAGCAUUCAAUACCAUCAUUCCAGACAUUCUUCUAACUAAGCUAAACCAGCUACAGGUACCGGAACAGACUUGUAAGUGGAUCACAAGCUUCCUAACAAACAGGAAGCAGCAGGUGAAGCUAAGCAAGAUCACAUCAAAUACCUGUACAAUUAGCACAGGGGGCCCCCAAGGCUGUGUGCUCUCCCCACUUCUCUCUGUAUACCAAUGACUGCAUCUCCAAUGAUCCAUCUGUUAAGCUACUGAAGUUCGCAGAUGACACAACAGUGAUUGGUCUCAUUCGAGACAAUGACGAAUCCACAUAUAGACGAGAGGUCGAACGACUAGCCUUGUGGUGCAACCAAAACAAUCUGGAACUGAACACACUCAAAACCGUAGAAAUGGUGGUAGACUUUAGGAAAAACCCUUCCAUACUUCCACCUCUCACAAUACUUGACAACAUAGUAUCAACAGUAGAAACCUUCAAAUUUCUAGGUUCUAUCAUAUCGCAAGAUCUAAAAUGGACAGCUAACAUCAAAAACAUCAUUAAAAAAGGACAAUAAAGAAUGUUCUUUCUGCGCCAACUCAGUAAGCUCAAAGUGCCCAAGGAGCUGCUGAUUCAGUUCUACAGAGGAAUUAUUGAGUCUGUCAUUUGCACCUCUAUAACUGUCUGGUUCGGUUCUGCAACCCAACAAGAAAAACACAGACUUCAGAGAAUAAUUAGAACUGCAGAAAAAAUAAUUGCUACCAACCUGCCUUCCAUUGAGGACCUGUAUACUGCACGAAUCAAGAAGAGGGCCGUGAAAAUAUUUACAGACCCCUCGCAUCCUGGACAUAAACUGUUUCAACUCCUACCCUCAAAGCGACGCUAUAGAGGACUGCACACCAGAACAACUAGACACAAGAACAGUUUUUUCCCAAAGGCCAUCACUCUGCUAAACAAAUAAUUCCAUCAACACUGUCAAAUUAUUUACUGAAUCUGCACUACUAUUAAUCGUCUCAUAGUUCCCAUCACCAAUCUCUUUCCACUUAUGACUGUAUGACUAUAACUUGUUGCUGGCAAUCCUUAUGAUUUAUAUUGAUAUAUUGACCAUCAAUUGUGUUGUAAAUGUUGUACCUUGAUGAACGUAUCUUUUCUUUUAUGUACACUGAGAGCAUAUGCACCAAGACAAAUUCCUUGUGUGUCCAAUCACACUUGGCCAAUAAAGA